AUGGCAGUGCCCUUCCGGAGGCACAUUGUGGUUUCAGUCAUAGUUAAUUUAUAUCCCUGUCUACAUCUGGAGACUCUUGAGAAGGACAGAGGGAAUCCCAUGUACCUGGGACUGGAGGAUCCUCAGUGUAGCUUGUUCUGCACUAAGGUGGGGGAGGAGCCUGUGCUGCAGGUCAAUAAAAGGAACAUAAACUGUCUUUACCAUUCUCCGGAGCCUGAGAAGCCCUUUCUCUUUUACCACAACAAAGUUGGCAACACCUCAACCUUUGAGUCUGUGGCCUUCCCUGGCUGGUUCGUUGCCUCUGACUCCACAGGAGAAUCUUCAGUCUUUAUGACCCAAGAAGUGGGGAAAACCUAUGUCACUGCAUUUGUGUUGACUACACUGAGCUAAGAUAUGUUGCUCUGUGGUGUUGAAUCAAGACUUUUUGGAUCCUGACAAGAAGAAGCAAAUACAGAAGUUGCAACAAAAAAGAGAGAUCAAAGAAGAAAGCUGAGCUCUUCCUACAUUGUAUUCUCAUGAUGGUUUGGUUGAAGAACUGCUAAUGUUUCUGAAGCCUUCAUCCAAAGAAUUACCACUGGAUGUCAGGAGAAGAUAAAUUUGUGGAAUAAAUUCUUUUUUUUCAUUUCA